AAGCAAGGUGCGGUGCGUUUGUGUUAUGUGUGCUGUCCCGAGCAGCGGUGUUGACAAUAGGGUGAAAAAGAAACAUCUCCCGAACCACAAACGAGCUGAAGAGAAUACUUAACUCCACGGUGUCGGGAAGAGAAGCAGUUUGGUCAGCAACAGGAAUGUAAUUGCGUUAGUGUAAUCAUUUUAUAUAGCCGUAUUUUUGUUAUUGAUGGGAGUUUGCUGAAGGAAGAGGCUACUUGUGGGUUUGGCUGUUUCAGGCCAACAUUUUGCGCCGAGCUGGAGGUAGCCUAUCGGCUAGCUGGUCGAUUUCCAAACACGAUAAUUACUCGCUGAAGUCUCCGUUGCAAAUCGUAUAGCAUUAAGCUCAAAGUAGUGCGACUGGAGAGCACUAAGGAGCCACUUCGGGUCGGGACUCGGGACGGUGUGUGUGUCAGCCAGUGAACACUAGCUAACGGUAGCAGCGUUAGCACUGCCCUGUAUUUACGUCUGGGAUGAUGGGUGAUCGCCCAAACCCGCCCAGCAGGGCGAUGUCCUCGGCAGCCACCACAUCUCCGUCUGUGGACAAAGUGGAUGGGUUUUCACGGAAGUCUGUCAGGAAGACCAAACAAAAACGGUCGCAAAGUUCAUCACAGUUUCGCUCUCAGGGCAAACCCAUAGAACUCACUCCCUUGCCUCUGCUCAAGGACGUUCCAGCACCGGAGCAGCCGGAGCUGUUCCUGAAGAAGCUGCAGCAGUGCUGUACUGUCUUCGACUUCAUGGACACACUGUCAGACCUCAAGAUGAAGGAGUACAAGCGCUCCACCCUGAAUGAGCUGGUGGAUUACGUGACCGUUAGCCGGGGUUACCUGACAGAGCAGGCCUACCCCGAGGUUGUCAAAAUGGUGUCUCACAACAUAUUUCGCACCCUUCCGCCCAGUGACAGUAAUGAGUUUGAUCCUGAGGAGGAUGAGCCCACACUUGAGGCCUCUUGGCCACACUUACAGUUGGUGUACGAGUUCUUCAUUCGUUUCUUGGAGAGUCAGGAAUUUCAGCCAAGCAUUGCCAAAAAGUACAUAGACCAGAGGUUUGUCCUACAGCUGUUGGAGUUGUUUGACAGUGAGGAUCCUCGUGAGAGAGACUACUUGAAAACAGUCUUGCAUAGAAUCUACGGCAAAUUCCUAGGGCUGAGGGCUUUUAUACGAAAACAGAUCAAUAAUAUUUUUCUAUGUUUUGUUUAUGAGACGGAGCACUUCAAUGGGGUGGCUGAGUUGCUGGAGAUCUUGGGGAGUAUAAUCAAUGGUUUUGCUCUGCCACUGAAAGCAGAACAUAAACAGUUUCUGGUCAAAGUGUUGAUCCCUCUACACACUGUCAGGAGUCUGUCCCUCUUCCAUGCACAGUUGGCGUAUUGCAUUGUACAGUUCUUAGAGAAAGACCCAACAUUAACAGAACCAGUCAUCAGAGGCUUACUGAAGUUCUGGCCAAAAACCUGCAGUCAAAAAGAGGUGAUGUUUCUUGGGGAGUUGGAAGAGAUCCUGGACGUCAUUGAACCUACACAGUUCGUUAAGAUCCAGGAGCUGCUCUUCAAACAGAUCUCCAGAUGUGUCUCCAGCCCUCAUUUCCAGGUCGCAGAGCGAGCUCUGUACUAUUGGAAUAACGAGUAUAUCAUGAGUCUGAUUGAGGAAAACUCUAGCGUCAUUCUGCCCAUCAUGUUUGCCAGCCUCUACAGGAUCUCCAAAGAGCACUGGAACCCGGCAAUAGUGGCGCUUGUGUACAAUGUACUGAAGGCAUUCAUGGAGAUGAACAGUACCUUAUUUGAUGAACUCACAGCCACUUACAAGUCAGACCGUCAGCGUGAGAAGAAGAAGGAGAAGGAUCGGGAGGAGCUGUGGAAGAAGCUGGAGGACUUGGAGUUAAAGCGGGGCCUUAAGAGUGAUGGGAUCAUCCCAACUUAACAGAGACAGCGCCGUGCUUCCACUGCACCGCCCACCUUCCAUCCCACCUCCCCUCCCUCUCAAACUCCCAUGUCCUCCAUCCAGUCCCAACCCACCUCCUUCACCACAGCUAUGUCAGCCCAGAGCUUGGGGAAAAAAAAAGAAAAAAGUCCCAUUAAAGGCCAUCGUCUCUGGAACUACACAAAGCACCCGCUGGUUUCUUAAUUUUUUUAAUGUUUUUUUUUUCUCCUGUGUUUGUGCGACUUACUUUACAGUAGAUUCAUCAUGUCUGUUUUCAUUAUUUCAACAGCACUGUAAAUAUUUUUUCUUUAUUUCCCUUAAACUGAUAUUAUUGCAAACAGAAAAACAAAACAAUGACAAUAAAAAAGAAAAUAGAAAAUGGGAAAAUGACUUGUGUGGGAGGGAGGAGGGGAAAAAACUUUUGAAUUGUAGGACUUGAACUCUUUUAAGGCAAAAGAAAAAGAUUGAUUUGAAUGCUUCAUCUUCAGCACAGCCUCAUGUGUGUUAAUUUUGUUUUUCUAUGUACUCGCUGUCAUCUUCACUUUUCAUCUCAUGCUCUGCUUCUGUCUCUCUUCACCUCUUCCGAUGGUGCGUCUUUGUAAUCCCCCCUGCCCCACCCUAAGGGUUCUGUAAGGAGGAUCCCCACCCACCCAGCUACGAGUUCAAGCUGAGAGACAACAAGAAUAAUUGACCCUCAGUUCCUUUUCUCCUAUUUUUUUUUUCUCUGUUAUUUUUUAAAAUGGAUAAAAACUUAUAAAAAGGACUGUCAAAAGGACUCCACUCUUCUCUUCACUGAGUGUGUCUGCGUGCGUGUUCAUACUGCAGCUAGCUGGAGGGUCACUGAAUUUUAUAACACUUUCGCCUCACAUUAUGAAAAUAGCACAUUUAGUUAAACAGUUCCUUCCCUGUAGUAGCUUGCACUCUCAAAUCACAUUAAUAAUUCUUGCAAAGCAAAUAAUUUAUUUAAAAAAUAAUAAACCGGUCCUUUCCUCUUUGGAAGGGCAACGUGUGGGGUUGUUACUUUUAGGAAGUCCGCUGAGUUAUAAAGUAAACCUCAACACUGCCGAGGUGAAACAGUUUGUGUUUUUAUGUUUUCUCUAAUUGGUCCAGAAAAAUGUAGACAACUGAGCGCUGAUGAAUAUAAAGACGUCAAACUAAACGUGACUAACUUGUGGGCGCUGUAAGAUGGGCACAGCUGAAGUUAACCAGACAUCUCAAAGUAGACUUAGCCAUUCAGUUGAGUGCCAACGCCAGGUAAAGUGGCAAAAAAUAAGGCUAAACAUCCAACCAGUCUGGGAAUAAUUUGUGAUCAGAAGAGUGCAUAUAACUAAUCAGGGAACCAUCGAACACCUUGUAUCAUUUUGGAGCAAUUUAAGCAUUUUACAACUUGUCUAAUUUCAUUUGCACAGUCUUGUGGGUCUGUACUCCAGAAAUGUUAAUCCAUUAAUCAAUUACUUAGUAGAAAGUGGACCAACAAAAAUUGUGAAGUCGUUUAAAUCUUUCACCAAGCAAACUGCCAUUUUUUUCUCCCUUCUGUUGCUGUAAUUAAAAUUUCAUUUAUUUUGACUGAGGAUGAAACAAUUUGGUGGAAUCAACUCACUCUGAGAACUUGGAAUAGAAUGCAUCAUACUCUUAUACUACUGUGUGAGAUUUUAUGCAUUAACAAAUUAAUAAAAAAACAAAAUUAGCUAAAUUAGUCAUUAGUGGUCACCUUGGUGGGGAGCUGUUAAAUCCAUAACACUUCUCAUGUAAACCCAGUUAGCUGUUUUUCACCAUGUCACCUUCAUUCUCUUCCAAAAAGGGUUAACUGCUUUCUUUCACUUGAUUUUCUUACUUUCCCUCAUGUUUCUUUGUGACCUUUGACCACUCAUCCUUUACAGAGCAGGCAUCUGGUAUCAGUCUGGUACUGAUACCAUCUGACCGUAACUGGGAAAAGUUGACUUAAAAACAAACCUGGAGAGGGGGAUGGAAAAAAAUAGACAAACUUGAGUGGAUCACCAAAAAGAAAAAAAAAAAUCUUCCUGCUGUUGAGAGAUGAGCGCUCCACUCCUGCCUGUGCCACUAGGGAGCGCUACGUUGGAUUCAUUGUAUUGCAACAGUGACAUGAAGCGAAAAUGAUGAAUCUUGUACAUGUUUAUUGAAUGCAAUACACUGAUAAUCUUGUAUCUUGUUGUAAUUUAUCCUGUUUUUGCUUAGGAAACUGUGGAGAGGAGUAUCCAGUAUAUAAAGAGGUAUUAUGGAACAUGGCUUCCUGGUAUUUAUGAUAGUUUCCCACUUUUAGUAUGUUUUUCUUUUCACGCUUCCCUCUUACUUUGUGUCUCAUUUUGGAUUUAUUUUUUUUUGGCCAUUUGUUAAAUAUAUUUUUUGCUUGGGGGGGGGGCGCAUGGGUCAGAGGCCAGGGAGUAUAGACAUGGAAGGCAUGGAGCAGACCAUUUUUUCCCGUUGGGAUUUUGGAAAGUGAAGAAUCUCCAGCAUUGUUGAAUCCUCCCUCGCAGAAUCAUUGUGUGCUUUAGAACGGCCCAGAUAUGAUUUAAAACUUAAAAAAAAAAAAAAAUACAAAUGGGUUGGAGAAAUACAAAUGUUUAAUUAUUUUAAAAAAUAAAGAGAUAUUAAAUUAAACCUGUUUUGUGAUAAAGA